GGAGCAGGUGACACUCUGUAUGACACAGGCUGCUGCGCCGUGCAAGGCACGAUCGUCGACCAACCACCAUGAAUGCCUGCAGUUUGCUUGCGUCCAUUUCGCUGUCACUCUGCUGCACUGUCGCCCUACCAUGUAGUAUUAUUAUGCAUGGUGCUCCAGUUUGUCAUUAGUCCAUGACAAGGGGCUCGGUUAGUCCACAGCCCUAGAGGCUGCAGCUGCACACUUCUCUUCUCUGUUUUCGCCGGUUAAACUUUCCCCACUUGUUGCUGGCCUUCGAAUCUGUGGUUUGUUUGAGCUUGUAAGGAUCUCUUCUUCUUCACUCUAGCAGGGAAGCGAAGAACAGGGAAGCAAGGACAUGGAUGCUUUCAGUGCAGUGAUGGACAAGGUAAAGAGCCACCCAGAAAUGAUGGAGAAGGUAAGUGCAGUGAUGGACAAGGUGAAGAAGAGCCACCCAGAAGCGGUGGAAAAGGUCAAGGACGAGGUGAAGAGCCUUGCUGACGCUCUCCACCUGCGGAGACAUGGAUCCAAAGAUAAAGAACCUGAGUCUGAAGAGAAGGCCGUAGAAGGCGAGGCAGCGCAGAGCGUCGAGGAGGAGGAGGGUACCUCUGCUGACAAGACUGCAGAACCUAAUGUGUUGGAGCAGGCCGUACAGGAGAUUCAGGCUGUCGCCGCAGCUUUGCAGCAGACAGCACCUGAAACUGAAACUGAAAUUCCAGUUGAGACUGCUGCUGCUGCUGCUCCUGAAACUUUGGCUGAAGGAGACAAGCCUGAAGAAACAAACAGGGAUGUGGAGAAAGACGACCCAAAGAAGCGGCUCGAUUUCGCCGGGUUCUUCGCCAUGCUGUUUGAGAGGUUCUGCUCCCCGGCCAACAAGAAGAAAGACUGAGUGAUUGCAGGUCAGCUGUGGAUUUCUCGUUUUGUGAUCUUGGACGUGGAAAUUACAUUUUACUGGGUGGUGUACAGUCUGCACUUGUGUUCUAUUAAGAUAAAUCUGCUCUUGCUUUUUUACUUUCUUCUGGUGCAAUGACUACAGUUUACUUGAUGUAUUUAUUGUCGCCCUUGUGGAAUUGAUUUAGUUUAUGUGAACGAUUGAUUUAUUUUGGGUUAAGAUAAUGCAGUGAGUGUGUGAUGCCUUGUAUGGA